GGCAACCUGUGAGGAGGCUGGUACCAGACCUCAGUACCGUGGGCCCAUGGCUGCGCCGGACGUAAGGGCGCAGGUGGACUCGCUCCUUCUGCAACUGCUCCGGGACCUGGAAGAACUGGAGGCGAAGCGGGCGGCAUUGAACGCUCGGGUGGAAGAGGGCUGGCUCUCGCUCUCUAAAGCUCGCUAUGCCAUGGGUGCCAAAUCUGUAGGUCCUCUGCAGUAUGCCUCCCGCAUGGAGCCUCAGGUCUGCGUCUACAUCAGCGAGGCCCAGGACGGACUCCAGAAGUUCUGGGUGGUGAGAGCCAGCGCCCAGACUCCAGAAGAGGUGGGGCCCCGUGAAGCAGUCUGUCUUUCUCCAGCUUUGCGCAGGCGCAAGGGUCUCACCAGAACCCCAGAGCUGGAGUCCUCCCCAGCCCCCCGGGACCCUCUGAACUGGUUUGGAAUCCUCGUUCCUCACAGUCUGCGUCAUGCCCAAGCCAGCUUCCGGGAGGGCCUGCAGCUGGCUGCAGACAUGGCCAGCCUUCAGAUCCGGAUCGACUGGGGUCGAAGCCAACUCCAGGAGCUCCAGGAGAAACUCAAGCAGCUGGAGCCUGAGUCUGCCUGACUUGUGACCAGAGGCGGGCAGUGAGCACAGCUGUUCUUUGGUGUGGCUGCCUUAUCUCAGGCCUUCUUCCUUCACAGAUUGCCCCUGCCCCUAUUCCCACCCCAACUAAUCCCUGCUCCUUAAAAUUUCUCUGGUUUGCAUGUUUCUAGCUUUGUUAGGUGUGAAAGUUUGAAGAGGCAAACUGAAUAAUGUUGAAAGUCACUACUGUGAAACCACUUCUAAGCUUGUAUUCUCCUAGGACACAUUCAUGUGGGGCAGGGGCAAAGCUGUUAGGUUAGUUCAUAAAUAACCAGAACAGCCUCAUUGAUAUAUCAGUUGUGGCUUCUUUACAGGAUGAAAUACUGCACAGUUAGUGGCAGGGAAGGACAACAAAUAGGUGCUUCAGUUUAACUAGAUUCUCAAAACUAAUUUUGAUGUAGGAAAAAAAGCAAACAUGGCUAACAAAUCAGGACAGUUUGAUUCCAUGUCAAUAAAAAACAUGAACACCUAAGUAGAUAGGUAGUCCUUGGCAGGUUUUAAGCCAGAAAGUAGAAAAGAUCUGACUUAGAUUUUCAAGGGAACUCUAGGAACUCUUCCUUUAUCUUUAUAGGAGACUGAGCUGCUUUUAAUUUUUGAAGGGCCAAAUGUAUUUCAUGUGCUGGGAUCUGUGUCCUUGCUUCAUUUUCCUACUGGGUUGUUGGUAUUUUUAGUAGUUUCUAGGAGGUAAUCUUUAUGCUGCGGGAAAAUUAAUCCUUUGUUCAUAAUAUGGAAUGUAAAUAUUUUUCCCAAUUUCUCUUGUAACUUUGCUUAUGGUGUUUUUUUUUAAACCUUUAUUGUAAAAUAAAACACAUUAAACUGCACAAAAUAAUUGAAUAGUUUAAUGAAUAAGGUGAAAGCUAUAGUAACCACCACCCAGUUCUCAUAUUUUUUUAAAUUAAUUUUAUUGAUUUAAGAGUUGACUUUAUCAAUCAGCUGUUUUAUCAUCUCUGAAUUUGGGGUUGUAAAUGAUAUGAUAAAGGAAUUCUCCAGUAUUUUCCUUAAGAACUUUUGUGGUUUCAGUGAGGUAUGGGGUGAAUCCUGCAUCCAGCUUGUUUUUUCUACCAUAGGUCUACAUACUGUAUGUUGAACCAUUGAUUUGAGAUGUCACCUUUUUUUCUUUCACAUAAACCCAUACCGUA